CUCUCCCCCAAUUCUCUUGUCGUGGUGCAAGCAGCCAUGUUGCCGAGAGCUUGUUCCGGUAUCAGGGCAGGAUCGUGCGCAUAGACUGCAUUCGGGCGCAGCUCCUCGCCUUUCUCCCCCUGCUGCCCGUGACAAGCACCUCCUAACAAGACAACCCCACUUUGCCGAUAAUGGAUUCUACAACUUGAUGAGUCCUCCUUCAGUCGGUUGGUCGCUAGGAUAUUAGUCAGCGCACCGACAGGACGAGCUGAUAUAUCACCACACUGCAGUGCUGCACUGAAGGACCUUAUUCCAAUCACGCAACACAAGGAAGAGCGCCGGUGAUUUCCGUGGAUUUGGAGUUUUACGGGUUGCUCUGUGGCAGUCACCGCCACUGCAGUCGCUGUGAGAUAAGCUAACUAGCUAGCUUUGCACAGAUAAAAACAUCGAAUUUGCUAGCUAUAUGGGCUAAUAUCGACCAACCAGUUAGCCAGCGCAACAAAUUAUUUCGUGUUUAUCACCUGCCAUGUUACCCUUUUAUAGGGUGCUGCUUUUAUUUUUUGGAUCUCUUGCCACGACUGUCUCGUUGGACAUAUUUUGAAUUGUUCUACCAGAGUUUGGAAGGUCGAGAGCUGACCGGGAAUAACUUUGGCCUGAAAGUUUUUAGACCCCGGACCUGAUUUCAGACCUUAAAGGAAACAUCUGUGCCACAAAAAGAAGCAGACGGACGACGAUUCUGCGUUCUGAAAACGAGACUGGAUAAAUAUUUACAGAUCUGUGCUUCGGUUUGGACUACCUCAGACGUUAGUUCGCAACAUUGCAUGUUAGCAUGUUAGCCACCUAAUUGAACCUCGUCUCGUUCAACACAACCGUUGCCCAACUUUUCUUCGAGCUAGCACUAGUAGCUAGCUGGCCAAAACGUCACAGUACCAGACUGUGAGCUUUAGUGUGAUCUCUGUAGCUCACUCCCUACCUUCGACGCUGAUAAAUGCUAACUGGGAGUUUAGUGUUUCGCAUCCAGGUCGUGGCUGAAAAAAACAUUUGCUUUUGCUGUUUGGUGCUUGUUGACAAACAUGGGAAAUGCAGUUGCUACUAGCUAGUUUCUAGCUAGCUGGCUAACUCUACUAGCCGCUGAUGUGGGAUUCAACUUGUUGAUUCACGGGCUAUUUGUCGUGCUGCUAGCUGGCUAGCACUGGACAUCUGUAAGAAGUUUCUUUCUACCAUCACCUACAAAGGCUUUGGAUGCACAAAAGACACUGACUGAUCGUUAUUGCUUCAGAUUUCCUUCUCCUCCCCCUUUUUUCUUUUCUUUUUGCAUUUCCAAGUCUUUGAAAAUGUCAACAAGGCCCCCGUUGGUUCAAGUGAUUGAAAAUUCAACUGCUCAGGAGCAGAAGUCGUCAUCUGGUCGAUCCAGCAUGUCACGAUGUCGGAAUUCCGUGGCCACGACCACAUCAGAUGAGACGCCACACAUCGGUAACUAUCGGUUACUGAAAACCAUCGGCAAAGGAAACUUCGCCAAGGUCAAAUUGGCACGACACAUCCUCACGGGAAAAGAGGUGGCUGUAAAGAUCAUAGAUAAAACUCAGCUCAACUCCUCCAGUUUGCAAAAGCUCUUCCGGGAGGUGAGAAUUAUGAAGAUGUUGAAUCAUCCCAACAUAGUCAAGCUCUUUGAAGUGAUAGAGACAGAGAAGACUUUGUACCUGGUAAUGGAGUACGCUAGUGGAGGUGAGGUCUUUGAUUACUUGGUGGCUCAUGGCAGGAUGAAGGAGAAAGAAGCACGAGCCAAAUUCAGACAGAUUGUGUCAGCAGUGCAGUAUUGCCACCAGAAGUGUAUAGUACAUAGAGACCUCAAGGCAGAGAACCUGCUUCUGGACGCAGACAUGAACAUCAAGAUAGCAGACUUUGGCUUCAGUAAUGAGUUUACUCUGGGGAACAAGCUGGACACUUUCUGUGGCUCCCCACCCUACGCAGCCCCAGAACUCUUCCAGGGCAAGAAGUACGAUGGGCCUGAGGUGGAUGUGUGGAGCCUGGGAGUGAUCCUCUAUACGCUGGUCAGCGGCUCGUUGCCCUUCGAUGGACAAAACCUCAAGGAGCUGAGAGAACGUGUGCUGCGUGGUAAAUACAGGAUUCCUUUUUACAUGUCCACUGACUGUGAGAACUUGCUUAAAAAGUUCCUGAUCCUGAACCCUUCCAAAAGAGGCAGCCUUGAGCAGCAGAUAAUGAGGGAUCGAUGGAUGAAUGUGGGCUAUGAGGAGGAUGAGCUUAAACCCUACAUUGAACCUCAACCAGAUUAUAAGGACCCCAGGAGAACAGACAUAAUGCUGCAGAUGGGAUUUGGUCAAGAGCAGAUCCAGGACUCGCUGGUGAACCAGAAGUACAAUGAUGUGAUGGCUACAUAUCUGCUUCUGGAUUAUAGGAACUCUGAGCUGGAUGAAGGUUCCAUCAAGCUACGGCCAGGAAGUGAUGUAAGCAACAUAAAUGCUCCCUCCCCGUCUCACAAGGUACAGCGCAGCGUGUCGUCCAACCAGAAGCCUCAGAACCGCAGACCCACAGACCAGAGUUCCUCAUACUCCAAGAGAGGAGGUCAGGCAGACAACCGGUCUGCUGUGGAGGAUUCUGGGAGGAAAAGUUCAUCAGGCAGCUCCACCACCAAGGUGCCGGCCAGCCCUCUGGUGCCCUCUGACCGCAAGAAGAGCGCCACGCCCUCCACCAAUAGCAUCCUGUCCACUGGUACCGGUCGCAGUCGAAACUCCCCACUGACUGAGAGAGCCACGCUCGGCCAGGGUAUUCAGAACGGCAAGGACAGCCUAAACACUCCGGGCUCCCGUGCCUCCACUGCCUCAGCUGCUGCCGUCCUCUCCUCCUCCUCCUCCUCCUCGCGUCCCCGCCACCACAAGUCCUUGUCCUCCUCCAACCAUCCAUGCCCCUCUGACCUGCACGCACAACGGCCCAGUGCCGCACCACAGCGGGCGCCUGGUGCCUCCCCGUCUGCCCACAACAUCAGCAGCGCAGCUGCGGCGGACCGAACCAACUUCUCCAGAGGGGUGGGCAUCCGCAGCACCUUCCACGCGGGCCAGCAGCGGGGCGCUCGGGACCAGCAGGUCUCUGCCUACCCCGGUGGUCCUGCCUCCCCAUCCCUGUCACAUGGCAACAGCCAAGUCCGGAGGGCACAUGGGGCCACAGGCAUUUUCAGCAAGUUCACAUCCAAGUUUGUACGCAAAAAUCUCUCGUUCAGGUUUCCAAGAAGGAGUCCGUAUGAGGGAGAGGGUCAGGAUGAGGGGAGCAGGUCAGUGCUGACCAGUACUGUGGAUAAAACGGAGAAGACAUCAGGUGGCGUUCUCUCCUCUUCUUCCAACAAUGAUGAGAACAACUCCUCGCCAGGAUCUGGUAACACUGGUGGCACGGGCACGCCUCCAGCCAACGCCAGCCAGAAGGACUCAGCCAAGCCGCGCUCUCUGCGCUUCACCUGGUCCAUGAAAACCACGUCAUCCAUGGAGCCCAUGGAAAUGAUGCGCGAGAUCCGCAAAGUGCUCGACUCCAACAGCUGCGAGUACGAGCUGCGCGAGCGCUACAUGCUGCUGUGCAUGUCCGGCAGCCCGGCGCACGAAGACUUCGUCCAAUGGGAGAUGGAGGUGUGCAAGCUGCCCCGCCUCUCCCUCAACGGCGUGCGCUUCAAGCGGAUCACGGGCACGUCCAUCGCCUUCAAGAACAUUGCCUCAAAGAUUGCCAAUGAGCUCAAACUGUGAGCCUGAAGGGCCACCGAGGAGAGAUGAGAGGUUGACGGGGGUGAGAGCAAAAUGAUGCUGUAGGUGGGAUGGGGGCACAAAAAGGUGGAGGUCAGGAGGUAAGCUAAAGGGUGGGAUCACUUUAAAAAUUACAUGAUUGUUAUGUAGAAAUAAGUCUGAAGUAGGGCUGCCAGUUCUGGGACUAGAGAAACAUUUCUGUUUUAGAAGUUUUGUUCCAUACGGAGGACCUGCGAUCAGAGACGCUGAGCAGACUUCCUCUGUGUUGUGAAGUACUUACAGACCGAGGUCUUCUUACCCUGCUGGGGGUUUUUCUGUCACGUUCUACUUAGACGUUCCACUCUUCUGCAUGUCCGAUCCUCUAUCUUUUUACUUUUUACCUUUUUUUUUUUUUUUUAGGAGACACAUUUUGAUCACUUUGACCACUCCUGUCAUUUCCUCCUAUUUAUUCAGUUUCUUUGCACGGUUCUGCUGCCGGGUGGUUCCGGGUGGGUGGGGAGGGUAACCAGGUGGAAGCAGGUUGGAUGGAGGGCGAUGCAAGCAGAGGAACGCUGGGUUUUAAAAAAAAAUGUCAAUGGAGCCUUAUUGUGCUGGAAAACUCAAAGGAGUUUUGAUAAGAAAUUUUCUGAUUGUCCACCAAAACUGAACGGACUCCAGCUGAGCCAGGACUUAAUUCACUGAAGCCCAUAUCUCACACACACACACACACACACACACACACACACAUACUGAAUGGACUAACUGCUGAUGACGGUUAAAGGACCUUCUCCACCUUCCACCUGCUCGCCCAAGCCUACCUUCCUCCAAGUGAACUUUGAGAACUCACCUCAUCCACCCUUCUGCCUCAUUCUUACUGCCCACACACACAUCCAUCUUUUCACCUUUUUCACUCCUUUUUCGCCCUUUAUUUCCUUUCACCAUCAAGUCGCAAGAGGCCAGUAGACUUGAUGUCGUCAUCAAUCCUAGGGGCUGCAACUUCAAGUCCAAACUUUUUUUUUCUUUUUUUUAAAUAAAAAACGAGUUGUGCACUGGAACAAGAGGGGCAUAUUUAAACCCGAGGAGGGGAGGAGACUUAACGGACGAGACUGUCGAUGGAUUUUUAUGUUGCCUUUCUUUGAAGAAUUAAAUUUAGGGUUUGUUUUUGUUGUCAGCACAUAAAUGCUCAGAUGAUUUAUUUGUACUGUUCUUUCGUUUUUCGUUUUUCCUGAUCUUUGCAUCAUUCGGUUGGCAUCACGCCUUCGCAUCCAGAAUGUCGACCCAGAACCAACACAUUUCUUCUCCCAUCGUUCCCUCCGCCCUCUGUUACACCUUCCCAAAGAGCAACUGCACAAGAAAUGUGUUGUUGGAGUGUGUAACCAACAGUGUGUGUGCGUGAGUGUAUUAUAAAAGAUCACUGGAAAAACAACAAUUGACGACAACAAAUGGUGAAUUUUGUUUUUUGUUUUUUUUCCCCCCCUCUGCUUUUCAUUGGAUAAUAUAUUUUUGUGUCGUUAAAAAUUUCGGAAUUGUACAGAUUUGGGUUCUCGGGGUGGGGGGGGGGGGUCUUGUCGGAUCAUAUUGCUGCCUUUUUGGUGUAGUGCACCUUCAACACACAUUUAACUUCCACACACAGCUCGUAGUGAAUCAGAUUAAACACAAACCCUUCCCUCAAGUUCAGGAUUAGUAUUGUAUUUAAUGAUGGUGGUGGUGGUGGCGGUGACGACUACUGCUUGUUCAUUUUUGGCCUUUUUGUUUUUAUUUACUUUAUUAAAGGCCUUUGUCGGUCCAGAAUGGCUUGAAGCAGAGAGAGUAGAGAAGAAAAGACUCAUUUCUCUCAUAUCAGUGAACGUUCUCGUUCAAAACCACAAGCAGAAGAGGUCGCUUCCUUUUCUCUUUGCCUCUCUCGUCGCAGUCGACAAAAAAAAAAGAGAGAGCCUGGGUCCCGUCACUUGG